AUGGAGUACGAAAAAGUAUACCGAAAUCCUCCGAAUCCGUAUCAGCCGAUUAUCCUUCUUCUUGAAAUGGGUCUUCUUGUGAACUCAGUCUACAUAAUCAUCACCCCACGAUUUGCCGAUUUUAAUGCGGAGCUCAGGAUCGGAUUUAGAUCUGUCUCUCUUUUCCUCUGUUUUUACAAUUUAUUAAUCCGAAAAAGUGCAUCUUUGGUUGGAGACAGUGACAAACAACGAGGAUUAUUUUGGGAAUGCAUUGUCGGCUCUCCCGUUUCAUAUUCUUGCUUCUACCUCGAGGACAGUAUUCUUGACAUGGAAAUGACCUAUCUCGUCAUGCGAGGACUGGCAGUUUUGAGCUCGAUCUUCAUCUUUCUUGGCAUGUGUUUCGGCUUCAUGGGGAUGAGCACGACGAGAAUUUAUGAAGAUAACAACUGCAAAAAACUCGUCUGGAAAUCGACGAGCGCGAUCUUCAUUUUCAUGAGUGGCGUUAUGAUCUGCGUCGUCUGCAGCUGGUACGCGCUUUUCGUCCUGAAAGAACAUGGACAUGGAGAUAUGGAAUUCGAUUUCGGACUCUGUCUGUACCUUGGCUGGGGUCAAUCCAUCGCCAGUCUUUUCAUCGUCUAUCUGAUUCUGCUUCAAGAUGACCGAGAGGAAGAUUCUCCUUUAGAAACUAAGGGGCCGCUACCGACUUACUGUGACUAUCCUACCACUCCUUAUCAACUGACGAACCAAUGUUAUUUGUAA